GGCCCGGAUUACAGAAGUUGGACAGUUGUAAGUUGUGUUUGAAUAAGGGGGUUACAAAUUUGUAUAGAGAAUAGUGUGUUUUUGUAUAUAUCUUUUGGAUGUUUGCAAAUUUUUCUGCACUAAAUUUUCACUCUUAACAUCAGGGUACUAAGUUUCCUGUAGUGUUAUUCACAUUAUGGGGGUGGUGUAGCGACGCCUCCAAGACCCGUUUUUUAUGGGGGGGGGUGUUACAUCCAGCGAUUGUCUGUGUUUCUGUAUUUCUUCUGUUUCGUGUCUUGUUGUUAUCCUAGGUUACUUCCUGUGCUUAAUUGAUGGGGAUGCCGGCGCGCGAGGCGUGUCCCAGCUGAUGGCAUAAAGAGGGCUUGGGUGUGGCGAGAGGAAGUGGGAGAGACCGGCUUUGUUCGGUGUUUGAAUUGUUGUUUCAUCACAGGUGACGAAGGAAAAAUACAAGAAGGCCACCAACUGCACUGUUGUGGAAAUAUGACUUACAAAAUCUCAAGUAGUUCUUGCUGUAAAGGUAAGAUAACACCAGGAUUAAGCCAGUUGGUGGCUGACUGCUGUGAAUCUGUAGCCUACAAUCCUCUUAAUAAGAUUUGCUGUAAUGGCCGCAUUCAGACUCGAAACAGUGCUCAGGCAAUGUGCUGUGGCACAGAAGUGUAUCUAAAGGAGACUGAUUUGUGUUGUGUUGACACUAUAUACAAACUGGAGCAAAAUCUUUUCUGUUGUGGCAACAAAUCAUAUAGCAAUGAAUCCCACUGCUGCUGUACUUCACUUUGUAGCGAUCCAAAUGUGAAGCCCAAGUCUGAGCCUUGCUGUUCAAAACUUCAGACAGAUGGCCAGUCCACUGUGAACAGCUGCACAGAGAAAGAAACAGCAAGAAGGUCCCCUCCACAACUCCCCUCCAACUUUACAAGCCCAUACAACAAAGUCUCAGAACUGAUGUGUGGAUCAAAAGCCUACAAUCCCCAAAAGAAAGUUUGUUGCUCAGGGAAUCUGUUUAAGAAGUCAUCAGUAAUUACUAAGUGUUGUGGUGAACAUGUCUACAGUGUAUCAGAAAAAAAUGUGAUGUGCUGCAAUGGAAAUCUUCAUCGCGAUUUGCCUGAACAGUCGGAAUGUGUCGGAGGUGUUGUAUAUACUCCAGGAAGGACAGUCUGCAAACUGUUUGUCCGCCCUCGUCUUGGUGAACACUGUUGUGGAGAGAAAACCUUUAAUCUUAAUGAGCAUAUUUGCUGUAAUGGACACAGGCACUCCAGGUUAAAUGGUAACUUCUGCUGUGGCUCAGAAGCCUAUGACCCCUAUAACCAAUUCCAAAUGAGGUGUUGCUCAGGUCACCUCUACAACAUCACACAUUUGGGUGGGAAAGCAGAGUGUUGUGGAACCCUCUUGCUGGAAGAUAAUACAAAUCAAACUUGCUGUUCUUCCACAAGCCAUGACAUGAUUUAUGAAAUCCAACCAAAGCACUUGUGUUGUGGUCACGAUUACUACAACACAUCCCUGUGGAGUUGCUGCGCAGGACAUCUCAAACCAACACCAAAGACCAAUAUAUCUCUUACAGAGCACAGACUAAAGCCACUAAUGGAGCUGAUCCCUGACAUAUGCAAUAAAUCAGUGCUAUUUGGAAAGGUGGAGAGUGUUGCACUUGACAAUUAUCGAAAUAUCGUAUUAAGAGUUAUUGCAAGGAUGCAUGUGAAGUCGGCUGGAGACAUUAAAAACCCUUUGGUAAAUGUGACAUUGGAUCACUGCAACUCUCCGGCCCUGGAGCUUGGCAUGACCUACCUAUGGGAGAUGAACAGCAGUGUGUACAAGCCUCUUUCUCACCCUAUUGACCAACCUUCUGACAUUCACAUGCUCUUUAUUAUGUUACAGUUAUAUGAGGGUUGCAAACAAAAAUAGCAAUAAGUAUUAAGGUCUAUUUCCAGUCAUUUCAAAACAAAUUCAUGUUUGUUUUCAUCAUAUUGGAUUUCUGUCCUGACAAGAGCUUUAAUCUGCCAUUAAUGGUAAUUGUAAUCACUAAUGGUAAAUUGAAAUAUAUAUAUAAAUGUUCUGCUGUGUUAAUUCCUUUAUUUUGCAAGAUGCACUGCAUGGCCUAAUAUAUGUUUUUAUCUAGUACUGUAUUUUAAUAAUUCAUCAGUCUCAGGUGUGUUACAUGUUUUGACAAUUUGAAGGGUUUUAUAGUCCCUUUAUAAGAUACAGGUGCUUUAAAGGUGUUUUUGAAAUUGCUUGUAUUUUAAUAAUGUUUGCCAUUUAAAGGAAUUGUUCUUAAAAGAUUUAUCAUAGUUCUGGAUUUAAAUGAAAGGAGGUGUUUCCUAAAGUUUUGUGUAUUUUUAUAGUUCCACCAUAAGCUUGUUGCAGUUAUGCAUCUUUUUUUACUAGUAUUCCAUUGAUUGAUUAAUUUAUAGGUUUGUUACUAUUUGCCAAACAUUAUAUUCUGUAGUAGUAUCUUAUGCACUAACUUGGAAAUUUUGUUUUAAGCUUCUCUUAUCUGUUAUGUACUGUUCCAUUUUCAUUUCUUAAAUGCAACUGAAACCAAUCACACAACAUUCAUAUUUAUUGUUGUGUUAUGUGAAGCAUGGUGUAUUAUAGAAUUGCAGAUGUGAAAUAACUGAAUACAAAAGUUACUUAAUACUGUAUAUUGACAUUUGUGAAUAUGAAAUCUAUCAUUUCUAAAUAAGAUGUUUUUGAGAGACAAUAAAGCAUUUGAGUGUUAUAAAAAUAUUAUUGACAGGUCAAGAAAAUGAGUCAAGUUGUUGCAUAAAGACUGUCUUUCAAUAUAUCUUCAGAAUA